AUGAAGGUAGUACCUAUUAAUGAUGAGACUAAGAUUAAGUGGUCGGAUAAGCGUGUAUACUUAUAUCCUAAGCGUAUAAACAGAGAGAUAGUUGAUACUCUAAAUAAGAUUCGGAACCUUACUAUCUUUAUUAAUUUAAAGGAUAUCACUAUUUAUCUUAUCUUUAGUAUCUAUAAUAAUCUUUUUAGUUACCUUAAGGCCUCCGAAGAGUAG